AUGGAGGACGUAUUGGAGCGCAUAUUUCACGGAAGCAUCGAGCCAAGAGAUGUAAAGUUAUCAGCUCUAGAGAGCAUCACCGAAAAUUUCUCCGAAGAGCGAAUAAUUGGUGCUGGCGGAUUUGGAACCGUUUACAAGGGUGUCCUAAAAAAUGGAGAAGUUGCUGUGAAGAGGCUAAGGAACAACCAAACAAUAGAUGAGAAGCUAUUUCGCCGGGAGGUUAACAGCCUAUUGAAUGUAAAUCAUAAGAAUAUAGUUAAAUUUCUUGGCUUCUGUUCUAAUACAGAGCAUAAAGCAAUCAAAUGUGAAGGAUCAAAAGAAUACAUCUACGCAGAGGAUAGAGAAAGAAUACUCUGUUUUGAGUACAUCAACAACGGGAGUCUAGACAAAUAUAUUGCAGAUGAAUUAAGGGGGCUUCAAUGGGACACUCGUUAUUUCAUAAUAAAAGGAAUAUGCGAGGGUCUGCAGUAUCUUCAUAUGAAAAAACGUAUUCUUCAUAUGGAUCUGAAACCGGCCAACAUACUAAUAGAUCAUAAUAUGGUAGCGAAAAUAACAGAUUUCGGUUUAUCAAAGAUCAUGGAUAACUCACAAACUAAAAGUACAACCCGCUUUUUAUCACUAGGAUACACCGCUCCAGAAUACCUAGAGAAUGGCAAAAUGUCAGUCAAGUCUGAUGUGUAUAGCCUCGGCAUCAUAAUAAUCGAACUGGUGACAGGGUUUAGGAGUGUUCCCGAUAUUAACAAUAAGGUACUUAGAAGAUGGAGGCAUAGAUGUCAUAAAUCAGGGAAAGAAACACCAUUUAGAUACCAACAGAUAACUAAACUCAUCGAGAUUGGGCUACUCUGCCAGGAAAAGGACCCCUAUAAGAGGCCUUUGAUAUCCGACAUAGUGCGUGGGAUCAAUGAAUUGGAAAGCACGGAUAGGCAAGUCAGCAAUGCAAAUGAAUCUACGGUUGGCCAUAGAAGCCCCUACUUUGAUGAUGACAUGCUUGGGAUUGAGCCUCUUGAGCUAUGCUUUCCUUUCGAGCUCAACAAUCACAAUUCAUGCUUACUUGAGCUAACCAACGAGACAAAUGAUUUUAUUGCUUUCGCCAUCCAAACAACGAGCCCCCUGCCAUACUGUAUAGAACCAAAGAAAGACAUUGUGGCUCCACGAUCAAAGUAUAGUGUCAACAUAACAUUGCAAUCACUAGAAAAGGUACCACAAGAUUGGCAGUACAUUGGCGAUUUCAUUGUGCGGAGCACCAAAGUAAAUGACAGCCUUAUGACUGAGAAUAUAACUGAAGAUAUAUUCCAUAACGAGGAAGGUAAAUUGGUAGAUGAAGUAAAUCUUACGGUUACAUAUAAGGCCGAGGCACCCAAAGUGGAUGUUUCACUUGGGUCCCUAAUAAUUUCAGACACAAGAAGUCUGCAUAGUCCACAUGAGUCCAGUGUGCCGCCAACAGAGGCAGAAUCCGAGAUAAUAAGUGUAUCUACCUCAGAUGAGGUAAUCCUGUUUGACCCCCCGGAAGUAUGUUUUCCCAUGGUGCCAGAUAAAACUGUUUUGUCUUCAAUUAAAAUAAUCAACACUACAGAAUCCUAUGUUAGUUUCUCCAUACAUUGCACAAAAGAAAAACCUGCGGAAGGUUACUUCUUCAACAAAACCAUAUCAAUCCUGCCACCACUGUCCUCAGAAUACCUCACAGUAAGAAGAUAUGAAAUGGAAGAUGCAGGAGAAAAGAUGCAGUUCAAUGUGGAAUUCGAUGUCUGGUACGCCAUCGUGGCUGAUGAUGUCAAAGCCUGCGACCUUGAUUUUCAUGAUUACACUGAGUGUAAGAAGAUGCACACCGUUGGAAAGAAGGCAUUCGUGAUGCCUAGGACAGGGUGUUUGGCGCUGAUCCGUCUGGUACUCGCAGCAAUCCCGCUGCACCAGCUGAUGGUACUAGGUCUUGAUAAGAAGACGCUAAAGCAGUUAUUGAAGGUGGAGUUGAAUGUCUUUGCGGCCUCCACCUCGACGGAGGUCAGCAAUGAGGAAUCUGCCCUCUUCUAG